CCUCCCCGCCGACAUCAUGCUGCAGUUCCUGCUUGGAUUUACUUUGGGCAACGUGGUUGGGAUGAAUCUGGCUCAGAACUAUGAUAUACCAAACCUGGCUAAAAAAACUGAAGAGAUCAAAAAGGACUUGGAAGCAAAAAAGAAGCCCUCCAGUUCCUGA